UCGGCGGAGUUUUGGGCGUUUGGGAGGGGGCGAGUGAGCGCGAGUCGAGAGAGGGAGGCGGCGGCGGCGGCGGGGAGGAGGAGCAGCAGGCGCCGCCAUGGCCGCCGCUAUCACCGACAUGGCCGACCUGGAGGAGCUCUCCCGCCUGAGCCCUCUGCCCUCCGGCAGCCCCGGCCCGGCGGCUCGGGGCCGGGCUGAGCCCCCCGAGGAGGAGGAGGAAGAGGAGGAGGAGGAAGAGGAGGCUGAGGCCGAGGCGGUGGCGGCGUUGCUGCUGAACGGCGCCGGUGGGGGCGGUGGAGGCGGCGGCGGAGUGGGGGGCGGUGAGGCGGAGACGAUGUCGGAGCCGAGCCCCGAGAGCGCCAGCCAGGCCGGGGAGGACGAGGACGAGGAGGAGGACGAGGAGGAGGAGGACGAGAGCAGCAGCAGCGGCGGUGGCGAGGAGGAGAGCAGCGCCGAGAGCCUGGUGGGCAGCAGCGGCGGGAGCAGCAGCGACGAGACGCGCUCGCUGAGCCCCGGUGCCGCCAGCAGCAGCAGCGGGGAUGGGGACGGCAAGGAGGGCCUGGAGGAGCCCAAGGGACCGCGGGGCAGCCAGGGCGGCGGCGGGGGCGGCAGCAGCAGCAGCAGCGUCGUCUCCAGCGGCGGCGACGAGGGCUACGGGACCGGGGGAGGCGGAAGCAGCGCGACCUCCGGGGGCCGGCGGGGCAGCUUGGAGAUGUCGUCGGAUGGGGAACCCCUGAGCCGCAUGGACUCGGAGGACAGACCUAAAGAUAGCUCGCACCUCGGAGACAACCCCAAAGCAGGCCUAGAUCCUCUGGCGGAGCAAAAGAGGCCCUUGAUGUGCACACCUCGGUACCUAAGCAUAAGCAGUACUAUAAUGGAUGUAGACAGCACAAUUUCCAGUGGGCGUUCAACUCCAGCAAUGAUGAAUGGACAAGGAAGCACUACUUCUUCAAGCAAAAAUAUUGCCUAUAAUUGUUGUUGGGACCAGUGCCAGGCUUGCUUCAACUCUAGUCCAGAUCUGGCAGAUCACAUCCGUUCCAUACAUGUAGAUGGUCAGCGAGGAGGGGUGUUUGUUUGCUUAUGGAAAGGUUGUAAAGUAUAUAACACUCCGUCAACCAGUCAGAGUUGGUUACAGAGGCAUAUGCUGACACACAGUGGAGACAAACCUUUCAAGUGUGUUGUCGGUGGCUGCAAUGCCAGCUUUGCUUCUCAGGGAGGGCUAGCUCGCCAUGUCCCCACACACUUCAGUCAGCAGAACUCCUCAAAAGUUUCUAGCCAGCCAAAGGCCAAAGAAGAAUCUCCUUCUAAAGCUGGAAUAAACAAAAGGAGGAAAUUAAAGAACAAAAGACGACGCUCAUUACCACGACCACAUGAUUUCUUCGAUGCACAAACACUGGAUGCGAUACGACAUCGAGCCAUAUGCUUUAACCUCUCAGCUCAUAUAGAAAGUUUAGGGAAGGGACACAGUGUUGUUUUUCAUAGUACUGUAAUAGCUAAGAGAAAAGAGGAUUCUGGAAAAAUAAAACUUUUGCUUCAUUGGAUGCCUGAAGACAUUCUGCCUGAUGUGUGGGUGAAUGAAAGUGAACGACACCAGUUAAAAACUAAAGUAGUUCAUUUAUCAAAGCUACCCAAAGAUACUGCCUUGCUUUUGGACCCAAACAUAUACAGAACAAUGCCGCAGAAGAGGUUGAAGAGAACUCUGAUAAGAAAAGUGUUCAAUUUGUAUUUAAGCAAACAGUGAACGACAUUUGCAAUCAACUAAAAAUUCGUCUUUCGAAUUAGGGCUGAAAAUUUCUGUUAAAGAGUGUUGCCGUAUGUCUGGUGGCUCCCUUUUCAGGACUAGGGUUUUCUCAUGGAGUACAGUAUGUUAAUAUUUACUUAUAUAACUAAUCUGUUAACGGUUUUUGAAAAACCUCUAUUUCAAAUAUUUGAAUAAUAGUAUUUUCAUUUUAACCUACAUAGGCUUCUAAUUUUUUUUCUGAGGAAAGCAUUUGGUUUUUUGGUUUUUUUCUUAACGCAAGAAAAAUUGUAUUUUGUUUUUAAAGUUUAUCUUCAAACUGAAUCCUUUAUGCACCAAAGUUGGUUUUGAAAAGGAAAACAAAAUCACUUUCUUGCUUGGUUAAGCAAGAAGCCAUAUGGAUUUUUUUUUAACUUACAGAAAUGGAACUAUGUGUAACUUGUUAGUAUUGUAUCAAACAAAUGUUGCAUAGAGAUAAUAGAACAUUGCUUGUAAAUAAUUCAGCAGAUUUGUAAUAUAUUUUUAUAUUAUGAAAUGUACUGUAGAUGUUUUUCUAGAGGCAUGAAAGUUAAAUGUAUAUAUUAUGGGUAGAAAUAAUAUUGAAGGAUAUUGUAAUUCACUAGUGCUGCCAGAGGAAUUGUUAAUAAAGCACCUUCUUUAACAAUAAAUGUCUUUUGCAGACUUAAGGGACUAUGUACUACUGUAUAUCUUUAAAGAACAAAACACAUUGAACAUCCUUCCAGAAAGUCUUUGAGGGAGGACCUUAUACCCAUAAUAGUGUUAUGGCACUCAUUUCUGACAGUGACUGUGAAAUCAAUUAUUUCCUUACUGUUGGAAGGACGUAUUGUAAAGUAUGUGGUUAUAUGCAGUCAAACUGCAGAAAAUACUCCUGAUUGAGGAGUUUUCACUUUACUACAGUGAUAUAAAAACCAGCAAUUUUUACACUAAAUUUUUUAAAGAAUAGACAAAAAUAUAGAACUAAGCCUUUGGUUUCAAAAUGGGAAAGGUUCCAUGCUACUUAAAUCAUUUCUCAUUUACUUUAAAAAAAUUUUAAAAAUAAUAAAAAUUAUGGGAAACUUUAUUCGUUAUCAGUGGGGUAAAGAGCUAUAUACAUGAAAUGAGUCAUAUAAAAUUAAUUGAAGUGCAAAUAAAAGCACUGCUACUGUAAGACAUUCUGGAAUGGUUGUUUAAUAAGGGUAUUAUCCAUAUGAUCUGUAGCAAAUGUGAUUUUAUUUUUUAAAUGAAAAAAGUGUGUUUUCUUACCUUUUUUGUUUUUUGCUUAAGCACUUCAUCAAUUGCUUUAUUCUGUAUCUACGAAGUAAUCUGCAAUCUUCUUUGUUCUUUUUAAAUUUUGAUUUGUUAUAAAAUUGCCAAAUAGAAGUGUUUCAGAUAUAUAGUUUGUACCUGUAUUUUUUAUUUUAUUGCCUCAUGUUCUUGUAAGUCAUUCUUAAUUGACCAAUGAUUGUAGACCUUGCCUAAAUAUUUUUUCUAAUAAAACAAAAGCAAAUCACAUUUAGCUUCAAAAUUGUAACAAUUCAAUUAAAUUUUAAAAUGACAUCUGAAAUAAACAUCUAAUAUUUUCUUUAGGGGCAUAGCAAAUUAAUUAGUUUUUUCAUUGUGUAGAAAUAUUUAGACGUCAAAACCAAAUUUCGUGGUUCUUGAUUAGCCUCUGAGUACUCACAGUCACUCAUGAUACUUUGCUGCUUAUCUGACUAUGGUCCGAUACUGUUAAUAGGCCAAAAAGAAUAUAGAAUUAAAGUGAAAGAGUUUUAUAACUUGUAUGUGAUGUAUACAUAUAAAAACAUGCAGUUAUGGUUGACAAAUAAGUGUGAACAUUUUAAUUUAUAAUGUCUAUUAAGUGAUGUCUACUCAUCUAUAUUGUUCCUCUUCACUCCCAUAUAUGACAUUUGUAAUAUGGCACCUGAAAUAUAAUUAGUCUGUUACUCAAAACCUAUUGUCUAGUUCAGCAGCGGUCUAACUGCAGCUCACAGGCAUACCCAUUCAUUUAUGUGUUGUCUGUGACUGCUUUCUCCCUGUAAUAGCAGAGUAGCAGAGUAGUGAGACUUUUUGGCCUGAAACCUAAAAUAUUUACCCUCUGACCUAUUAAGGAUAAAUUUGCCAAACCCUGGUACAGUUGAUAACAUUUUUGUAAAAAUAAACUAGACCACACAACUUACAUGUUAGUAUGAGAGUGUUAAUCUUGGUAAUAAGCCAGUACAUUAAAUUUCAGUGAAAGCUGUUUAAUAUACUUUAAAUAUUGCCGUAUUAGGUUCCUACAACAAAUGGUGGGUUUUUGGUUUUUUUUUUUACUUUUAUAUUGGAUUUCUUAGUAGUUAAUAUUUCUCCAUUUGUGUUUUUGUAUUUUGUUUCACUAAAUAGGACUAAAUAAGAUUUUGUAAAUCAGAUUAUGUUUAAACCACAAGCCUCAUCUUGCUCUAUCUAAAAGAAUCUUGGAAGUGGAAAAUAUUGUAAAAAUUUAUUUAAAGUUGUUUAUUUUUUUAAUAAACUUACUUUUUUCAUAUAUAAAUCUUCCCUAAGGUGGACACACAUUACUUCUGAAUUUCAGAUGAAAGGAAAUUAAGAUGGAGAGUAAUUAACUCUCACUGCGUAUUUUACAAUUUGUUUUAUUCUCAUUGAAAGCAAUGAUAAUCAUGUUGGUAAACCUUUGACUGUAAAACUUCUUUUCCUUUCACACUUUAAUAAAAUGUUUUAAAUAUUUAAGUAC